AAUAGUAGGAUUCGUAACUUCGCUGACAGUACAUGAUGGGAGUGUACCUGCUCGCACUGAACAUGCCGCGCUGACAGGGAAUGCUCUCCCAAAUGUCGGGAAAUUACAUACGUGAUUAUGUGUGAUGUCUGGACGAAACAAAAAGGCGGCAUAAACGGUAAAAACAAGUUCGCCUGUUUUGCGAAUAACUGAAACGCGAUGAAGAAUUCCGUGUUCAUGACGAAGUGCACAUAAACUAUGGACGGUUAUGAUGAUACUAUGUAUCGCCUAAGGUGUGCUUAAGGUGUUCAGGUUUAGCAACAUGCAAUCAACCUGAGUGUGAUAGUUCCACCUGGAGGUCACAGGAUGCCGGUGCAGGCAGCACAAUGGACUGAGUUUUUAUCCUGCCCCAUCUGCUACAAUGAGUUUGAUGCCAGCUGCCACAAGCCCAUCAGCCUGGGCUGCUCGCACACCAUCUGCAAGACCUGCCUGCUCAAACUGCACCGCAAGGCCUGUCCCUUUGACCAGACAGCCAUUAGCACUGACAUUGACGUGCUGCCUGUCAACUGUGCCCUCCUGCAGCUGGUGGGGGCACCGGUGCCAGAGGGUGAGAUUGUAAAUGUGGGAAGUGUUGAAGACACCAGACAUUAUGAAGUGUGCCAAAUGUGUGUGGAGGAGCUGGCGCUCUAUCUCAAACACAUCAGCGGAGGAAAAGGUGUAGUUACCCUCAGUCAGUGCACACUAAGUAGGCCCAUGCAGAGGAAGCUGGUGACCCUGGUGAACUGCCAGCUGGUUGAGGAGGAGGGGCGAAUGCGGGCGGUCCGGGUGUGCAGAUCUCUGGGUGAGCGCACCAUCACUGAACUCAUCCUACAACACCAGAACCCACAGCAGCUCUCGGCCAACCUUUGGGCUGCUGUGCGGGCACGCGGCUGUCAGUUUCUCGGACCUGCCAUGCAGGAAGACGCGCUGAAACUGGUGCUGCUGGCCCUUGAGGACGGCUCGGCUCUGUCUCGGAAGGUUCUGGUGUUGUUUGUGGUGCAGAAACUGGAGGCACGGUUCCCUCAGGCAUCCAAGACCAGCAUUGGUCAUGUAGUUCAGCUGCUGUAUCGCGCCUCCUGCUUUAAGGUGACCAAACGAGAUGAAGACUCCUCUCUCAUGCAGCUGAAGGAGGAGUUUCGCACUUACGAUGCUCUACGGCGCGAGCACGAUGCUCAGAUUGUUCACAUCGCCAUGGAAGCAGGGCUGCGUAUCUCGCCUGAGCAGUGGUCCUCUCUGCUGUAUGGAGACCUCAUACACAAAUCUCACAUGCAGUCAAUCAUAGACAAGCUCCAGUCACCAGAGUCCUUUGCUAAGAGCGUGCAGGAGCUUACGAUAAUCCUGCAGAGAACAGAAGACCCAGCCAACCUCAACAGCCUCAGAACUUGUCUUGAACGGCUGGCCAACAUCGACUACAAUCCUGAUGCGGCUACUCCAUCCUGGGCAGAACUGGAGAGCGUGUUACUGGCUGUGAAAGUUGUUAUCCACGGGCUGGUGGAAUUCAUACAAAACUUCAGCAAGAAGAUCCAUGACAGCCCUCAGGCUCAACCCAACAGCAAGUACAAGACCAGUAUGUGCAGGGACUUACGGCAGCAAGGUGGCUGCCCGAGAGGAGCCAGUUGCACUUUUGCCCACACACAGGACGAGCUAGAAAUGUACAGAAUGAGGAAUAGGAAAGCCAGUGGAGUGGUGAGGCCCUUCCUGUCAGUUCCAGCAGUUAUGCCCAAAGUGGGCACCAAAGAAGUAGGGUCAGAUGUGGGAACAGAAGUUCUGAAAAACAACGAGAAAGUUGACCCAACCUCAGAGGACUCAUUUCCAACUCAGCUGAUCCCUAGAGGUGGAGAACACCAGGAUGAACAAUCACUUCCCAACUGUGCUAAUGGACUACCUGAUUCCAGCCUAGAACAAAAUCCCGUCAGUCACUUGGUUUCUCUAGCGUCUAGAGAGGAAUGCUGUGGUCCUCCCAAACACGGGUCUGUCCAAAUGAGAGCUCAUCAUGAGAUUUAUUACUCUCAUGACCAGAGAUCCCAUUAUGACCUGCCCCCCUACCACCAACCUGCCAUUCAUUCUUACAAAUCAUGCAACACACGCUUCCUUCGUUCCAGCAAUGUGGCUGAGUCCAUGUUGCCCCCUUCACUGGGCCCUCUGUAUCCAGAUCAGCACCCCUCUGUCCCGCCUCCAGACAGAUUAGGCCCCGCACAUUAUGGACCGCCCUCAACAUACACCUCCAUAUCUCACAGUCACGCACAUGGUGUGUACACCCCCGUCUACGACAGCAGACGCGCGUGGAGGCCGCCGCUGUACCCCAGGGAGGGUGGGCGGAGUAACUCUCUCCCUCCAGAGGUUUUCCAUUCGUCCGUUUACCAGCCGCCACUCAGAGAGAGAUACAACUCGCUUGACAGCCCUUAUUGCAGCGCAGCAGAGCAGAGAGCAGCAAUGCACAGGGACUCAUAUGCCCGUGUUCAUCUUGGCUAUGAGGAUCUCCAUCGCCACAAACAGGAACAGUGGGCACAUCACCACGGCAACAUGAACAGACCCUCCCAAUCGUCUCCUGUCUUCACUGUGAACUUGUGUCCAGAACAUCCAGAGGGUGUAGUUGGUGGGUGUAUGACUUGUAAGUGUCAUGGUAGAGAAGAAAAUCUUGCCCAAUACUCCCCUUGGUCGUGCGGCACCAUCAGCCCGUUUGAGUCAGAGCCCCACCAUUUGUCAACCCACUCCUGUUCCAAGCAGCCAGAUGGAGAGAGUGGUGGCAAACGAUGGCUACAUAUGUUUGAGCACUACAGGCGACUGAAAGAUGAAGACCCCAUCAUUCCUUUCGGAGAGGGGCCCAUUAUCUCCAAAUGGGGAGCAAUCUCUCGGGCCUCCCGCACCGGCUACCACACCACUGACCCGGUCCAGGCAACUGUAUUGCAGGGGAGUGCCGGUACAACGUCAAUCAACUUCAUAGAUUACGGCUCUCAUAUUGGUCACAGUGACCUCAGAUGGGGCCCACGCAGUGCUGAUUCCACUAGUCACUCCAGCUAUCUAGAGAAUGAUCAUCUGGCAGUGUCAGGGCUGCAUGUGCAGCGUAAUUCCUUAAGCAGCUGGUCAAAGCAGAGCUCAGAACUCCUGGGGAAGUACGGAACAGAGAGUCAGCCCGACAGAAACAUCGAACUGGAGCUGUCCGCUCUGGACAUGGAGGAUACUGAGACACAGGACAGCAAGCCUGAGGACUCACUUGAAACACCAAGUCACUCACAGUGCAGUCACCUCUCUUCUGUCUUCAGUGAGCCAGUGGCCCGAUCCCAAAUGGACAAUCGUCUGCCUGACAGAAUGGACACCCACCUUAUAAAGAAGAUGGCAUUUAGGAAGACCCUCUCUCCUGGAGGCCCCAGUAUUGGGAAGAUGCCAAUGAGGACAUGCUCGCCCAGGCCUGGAGAGCCCCCACGACCCAGCCCAGGACCUGAGAUGCUGCUAAACGGGACCUGAGGUGGGCUGGACACAACAGCCCCCACUUGUUCCAAUUCCACGGGGUCAUGCCAAGAAUCCACCAUACUCCUUUUGUAGAAGGUAAAGUUGCCCUUAUAGGAGUCAAUUGAGGCAGCCAGAUGCAGCCAAAAGCCUUCUGUAUUCAUGUGUUCUCUUCAUAAGAGCUAGCUAUGCCCUGCAAUUGUAAUCACUAGUCAUCUAUUCAGAGUUUUUUUUUAAAUCACCUCUCGUGGAUGAAUGAAUCAUGAUGAGUCACAACUCCACCUCAGGUACCUCUUGAUGUCAUCCAAUCAAAACUCUCUCCAAUGCACAAUAGAAGUUAUCUGUGCCCACCUGUCUUCAGCCGUAUUGGUUCUGAAAGUAUUUUCCUGAUUCAUUUUCUCCAUAGAGAAUUAAAAAAAACAUUGUUAAAAGGUUAUAAGCCGUGAACCAAACCAAAAAGCUCUGAGUUGAAUCACACCAUUACAAAUUGCUUUGCAUUACUUUGAUUUAAUGCAAAAAAGACAAAGAAGCAAGAAUGUGCAUUUAACGUCUUUAAUGAGGGGAUGAACUACAAUCCCAUGAAGCAUUUAAAAACGGUUAAAAAUAUAAAACUGUUGAUUUAAAAUCAGUGAUUAUAAGAAUAGAAACAAUAUAUUUUAAGUUUAUUACAAAAUAUUCAGAUAUAUGGACUGUGUCAUUUAUGAGUGUAAUGGGAGUGGGCGUUCUCUGUAGAGCUCUAUUGCAAUGAUUUUUUUGCUGCAGUUCUCUGAUUGGUGGACCUCUCAGGAUUGUGGGUAGUGUAGUUCUUCAUGAGGAAUUCUGCUACUAAAAACAAUUUUUAAAAAAUUAAGUUGAAAUAAUACAGACUAAUGGGUUCAGUUGAAGCAUAUACCAUCAAUUAACAACCUCGGAGCUCAUAGUUGGUCUGUCUUAAAAAGUUUAAAUGUUAUCGUCAAAAACCUAUUUCUCUAUAGAAAAAGAAAUUGUGUUUUUACUACGCAACUGUUGCGCUUUAUUACCCAUGUUCUAUAACUUUGUACAAAAAGUGACGGUUCUUACUAGCUUUUAACACACUGAAUACAUUACAAUCUACUGUAUUUGACUAUACAACAGUCUCUUCCGAUUGGUAAUUACAGAUAUACCGCAUAUCAGUGUUUACAGUAUAGAGUCAGAUAUAUAUAGCAAGAUUAACCAAGGUGCUCAGAAUUUAUAGUACUCGCAUUAUUGUUGUUAUUGCAGUGUUAGCCACUGAAAUGUACAUGAAUUGUUUGGUCAUGAAUAUGACAUCAUUGUUUAAAUAUACGGGUUAUGGUAUACGUCUGCUGUUUCACAGGCAAUCAAUAUUUUGUACAAGUUCUUAAAGGAAUAGUUUACCCAAAAAUAGAUUCUGUCACUACUUAUCCUCAUGUUGUUCCAAACCUUUAUGAUUUUAUUUUUUAUUUUUAAGGUGAACUUAGACAAAAAGCUUGUGGUUCUCUUUUCAGUACAGUGAAAGUAAAUGAGCAUGGAUGCUGUCAAGCUCCAAAAAUAAAAAAGCACAAUAAACGUAAUAGUUAAAUAGUAAAUAAAUAAGUAGUCCAUGUGACUUGUACACUAUUUUCCGGGGCUUGUUAAGCUAUACAAUAACUUUGUGUGAAGAACAGACCAAAAUUUAAGUCGUAAAUUGCUGCAAAUCGCCAGAUUUGACAUUAACGAUAGUCACGAGAUUCGCGUGAACCAGUGACGUUUUUACUACAUUGUUGUCAAACCUGGUGCAAUGUGAAUAACGAUUUAAAAUUUGGAUAAAAAUCCAAAUUUUCAUUUUUGGGUAAGCUAUUCCUUUAAUAGUUAAAAACAGCACAAUGGGAUUAGACGGUAGAAGUUAGAAUUGAUGAGAAAAAAGAUGUGCGUUUAAAGCGUAUGGAAUGUGGAACACAGUUUCUCUUUGAUGCGUUGUGUAAGUGUAAGUUCCCCAUUUCUGUGUUCCUGCUUAUUGUUUACAAUGGUCAAAAGUUCACAUCAGUUUUUUUCCUGUAGUUUUAGUUUGACGGAGAAAAAACGACAAUUAGACUACUUGGUUUCAUAUUUAAAAUUUUCCUUAAUUUACGACACAACAUUGCUAACUUCCAUGAAGUUGUAGUCAAAAAUAUUUUUAGAAUCAGAAUGAGCUUUAUUGUCUAUAUACAAGGAAUUUUUCUUGGUGACAGAAGCUUCCAGUGCACAAACAAUACAACAACAAGACAGAGAUUAAAAAAAUAAUAAUAAUAAAAUAAAAUAGAAUAAAAAUAAAGAGCAAAUAGAAAAAUAAAUAUAUAUAGAAAUACCCAAUAAUACAAAAAUAUACAUAUAGUAUGUACAAAUACAAAUCUGUUAUAUACAGUGCAAGGGAAUGUAAUCCAGAAGAGGUAGGAUAUGUUAAAUAAUAUAAUUGACUAGGCUGUGUAUUGCACGUAAUUAUAGUAUAGUUUUAACUGUUCAUGAGAUGGAUAGCCAUAAGGAAAAAUACGUGCUUGUGCCUGACGGUUCUAGUGCUCAGUGCUCUGUAGCGUCGGCUAGAAGGCAACAGUUCAAAAUGGUAGUGGACUGGGUGAGUGGGGUCCAGAGUGAUUUUACCAGCCCUUUUCCUCCCAUUUUGUACAUGUUUAAAAAAAUUUGGAAGAACAUUCAACCCUGUCUACCAACUGUCAAAUUUUUUUAAUUAUUCUGUAUUUCCCAUUUGGUAAACAAACAAACAUUUUAAGAAACUUGUGGUGUUUAUUUACAGUAAAUGUAGUUUUGUGUGCUGACACAACUGUUCUUGCGAGAGUGGGGAAUUUUAAGGGAGAGUGGGGUGUUUUUCCACAUAGGAAAAACUGUCCUUUUUACAAUAAGAUUUAUUUGUUUAUAUAUAUAUAUAUAUAUAUAUAUAUAUAUAUAUAUAUAUAUAUAUAUAUAUAUAUAAAUAUAUAUAUAUAUAUAAUUUGUCAGGGGAUUAUGAUGUUUUUCAGCUUCCAUCUUUUAUUUUAUAAAAACGGUCACUUAUUUUAUUUGCUAUUCACUUGUCUUCUUUGUUAUUUCUUUUCUUUGUUAAAUGUAUUGUAUCUUAUGUUGGUAUUUGUGUAUGAGUGUGCACAUGUAUGUAUUUGUUAAUCCUGAACAAAAAACGUAUAUGAAUGCAGGAUCACUUAAGACUGUUAAUCCUGGUUUUACUUUACGUUUAUAAGCCCAGUGUCAUCUUUAAGAAAUGAGAAAUGUGGAGUUAAAUCUUUCUGGUCUUGGCAUUUUUCUCAUACAGUCAAAGUUUUAUUUUCAACAAGGCAUGUUAACAGUUGCACCUCUGCAGCCCUGUAGGAAAGAGAUAUUAACUUAAAGGGAUAGUUCACCCAAAAAUGAAAAUUCUGUGAUCAUUUACUCACCCUUAUUUCGCUCCAAACCUGUAUGACUUUCUUUCUUCAUUGGAAAGCUAAAGAAAAUAUGUUGAAGAAUGUUAAAUACCGUUUUUGUCUAUUCAAUGAAAGUCAAUGGGGUCCAAAACAAUAUUGGAACUCAUUGACUCAUUGUAUGGACAAAAAAAGACAUUUCUCAAAAUAUCUUCUUUUGUGUUCCACAGAAGACAGAAAUGCAUACAGGUUUGGAGCAACAUGAGGGUGAGUAAAUGAUGACAGAACUGAUGAUGGAUGAACAAUCCCUUUAAGCUUACAUCGAGUGCGGGUGUAACAUCUUGUUGAUUUAGUGUAUGAAUAGAAACAAUGUGUUUUGCCUUUUUAUUUUUUGUUUAUAGAGAAAAGUAUUUGCCUUUAUUUUUAAAUUCAUUUUUAUUUAUCUCAUCUGAUGUGAGUGAUUUAAAAAUAGAGCUGGGUUAGUAGCAAUAUCUUGCUAGCUUUCAAAUUGCAUUUAAAAUGUUGCUUUCUCAUUUUUUUUUAUCACCUAAAGCAACUUAACGAAGCCUUAUGAGUACAUGUUUUUAUUCUGUUUUAUCAGCCCAGCUCUGUAUCAUGCAUGCAUCCUUUGGGAAAGGGUUUCUUUGGCAAAGGAAGUAUGAUUGUGUAGUUGUGUCACACAACACCCCAGUGCUGUGAGUGUACUGCACAUGCCCACUUUGUGGUUGUAUCUUGUAUCAUGUUCACUUCCUGCCUAUAGCACUUAGUGUCUGUUUUUAUGGAUGAAUAUCAGGAUUAUGAUUGUAAUUUUUUUAUAUCCAUAGUUUUUUCCCUUGGAAAUUGUAAUUUUGUUUGCAUUUGAAUUUUAAACAUUUGCUUGGCUGGGGAAGGACUUUUAUCGGUUGGUUGUGAUAAGAUUAGUUGUGACAAGCUUGUUUUGUCCUGUGUGCAACCGCAAACAAUGAACUGAUGUGUUGGAUAUUUUUAUGUCUGUAUUAGACAUUUUAUUUGCAAAUCUAUUGUUCGAUUCAAUUGUAAAUGAAUAUAAGAUGGACAUCCGUCAUUUUAUAAAGCCAGAGCCAUCAUUAGAUGGACAUACUGCACAUUUUUAUGAUAUAUAGUCAACUAUAUUUAAAUAUAUGAGGAUAUUUAUGGUCACAGAGAGAGAAUCUAAAAGUUAGGAAUAUCUUUUGAUUAAAUAAUAACAGAUAUUUAUAUUGAAUUUGUUUAUUUUAAAAUACCACUGGGCUGAUAUUUCCCUUGCUUGUGGCAAUGCAAGACAGAAUAUAUAGAAACGUAGCCAAUGCACAGUUAAAUCUUACUGUUUUUGGUUGUUUGUUUGUUAUUGCUCUUGUGUCUUGGCUAAACUUUGCUCUAAUAUGUAGGGCAAGCUGGUGAGAUGAAAUGAAAGUUCAUGACAUGUAACUGCAUGCCAAGAUAAUAAACACAAUUAUGUUAUCA